AUGGCGAAAACCCCGAAAAUGAAGGCUAAAGCCUUCAAAUCAAUUCACUCCAGAGCUGCGAAGCGAGCCGCUUCUCCGACCGAUAAAUCAUUGUUGACUUCUCUUCCCCGGCCUGACCCAACUGCAACAGUCAAACCUCAUGUUCUGGCUGCAAAGCAUAAUGCCGGUAUUACGAAAAAGUCGAAAUCUAAACAGCUGACCCGCGCCCAGCGGAGGCGGCAGGAGAAAGGCCUCGAACGUGCGGAGCUUGUGAUCGAUAGAACUGAAAAGAAAGUGGCAAAGAGAAUGGGGAAGGCGAAAAUUAUAAAAGCGCGCAGGGCGACAUGGGAAGUGAUGAAUGAAAGGGCGCUUGCUGCGGACCAAAGUAAAGUAGCAUCGUUAGAUGACGGAGACGUUGCCGACCUCAUGGUGGAAGAUGAAUCCAAAAGGACAGCUGCGCCGCUAGCAACCAAAGCUACCAACUCCUUGGGGCUGCCUCAGAAGCCAGCAAUGGACCAAAAAUAUGAAUUUGAGGAAGAUGGAGAAAUUACCUAA